AAAUCUGAAAAAAGGAAAAAAUUGAAAUACAAUUUCUUCUCAAAUUUUGCAAAUCAAAUAAGGAAUGUGAUUCGGUUUCAUUGAGUAAAUCAAACAGGGAAUGUGAUUCGGUUCAUGAGUAAAUCAAAUGGGGGUUAAAAAGCUUGGCGACGAACUGAGACGUGACGUGGAAGUCUGCUACUGCCUUACAUUUUGCCAGGGGCAGGUGGCACUGAGGACGAAACUCGCCUGAGUAGGACGACCGGGGCAGGUGGCAGUGUGGCACUGAGGACGACACUCGCUCGAGUAGAGCGACUGGGGAAGGCUUUUCCCGUCCCACUGUAUCUGCCGUGUCAUCUUCCUCUCGGGACAUUCAAAAUCCAAAGAAGAACACACGCACACACACAUUGCAACUUUAUUUCUUGCCCAAUCCAUUCCUCCUUCCCUCAACUCGCAGCCCAAUGUAUUCAGAUUUAAAUGCAUUUGCAGACGAGGCUAGGGAGCACCUACUGGAUGUGGAGGAUGGGGAAGCCGCCAAAACGAAGUUCCAGAUACGGGAUCUGAGCAAAGUGUCGGACGCCGGAGCGCCGAUUCUGAGCGACGUUAACCUGGACGUGGCGGAGGGGGUGAUAAUGGGGAUUAUAGGCCCCAGCGGUAGCGGAAAAUCCACGCUGUUGAGGGCGUUGAACCGCCUUUGGGAGCCCCCUUCUUCCACCGUCUUCUUGGACGGUCAAGACAUUCGCCACCUCGAUGUUCUCACCCUCCGUCGCAAGGUCGGGAUGCUCUUCCAGCUACCCGCUCUCUUCGAAGGUACUGUGGCAGAUAAUAUACGAUAUGGACCACAACUAAUAGGGAAGAAGUUAUGUGAUGAUGAGGUGCACAAGUUGCUUAGACUUGCAGACCUCGACCUUGCCUUUUUCAACAGAAAUGUUGAAGAACUCUCUGUUGGUCAAGCUCAAAGAGUCGCACUAGCACGGACCCUAGCAAAUGAACCAGAAGUUUUGUUGUUGGAUGAGCCAACAAGUGCAUUGGAUCCAAUAUCAACACAGAACAUAGAGGAUGUUAUGAUAAAGCUUAAGAAGAAUCAUGGAAUGAGUAUCAUUAUGGUCUCCCACAGCAUCAAACAAAUCCAGAGGAUUGCUGAUGUAGUAUGCCUCCUUGUGAAUGGUGAGAUUGUUGAAGUUUUAGGGCCUGACAAACUAUCGGAAGCCAAGCAUCCCAUGGCACUUAGGUUUCUUCAACUCAGCUCCUAAACUUUGUCCUAUAUUGUACCUUUUGUAACUCUAAUAUUUAAUGAUUGUGCUUGUUGAAUUUUCCAUAUGUAAGCUUACAUUCUUAACUAUAAUAAUGCUUUAUUUGAUGUAUAGCAUGUGUUUGCAAGUGAUAAAUUUAUAGUGCGUUCUCUUUUAA